UAAUAUUCGACUCCAAAUUAUAAUUCGCCUUUUCUAUUUAAAAAUCGAUGAAGCAGAAUCUCAUCGGACGAAGAAUCUCUGACACGGCGAAGCGAGAUUUGACCACAAGUGAAGCUUCAAAGAAUUUGUUUUCAGCCUUUAGAUUGUGAUGGGAGUUGUGUUUAUUUCAAGCUCAGCUGCAAGAUCUCCUCUCGGGUUAAGCACCGAUCUUUUAACACACCGGUCCACACUCAAAAAGCUGCCAUCCGUUGUUGCGUUCAAAGCAGAUGAGUCCACCAACUCAUCUUUGAUCGUUCCUCCUGAACAAGAGAAGCAGAAGGAGAAGAGAGUUGUAACUAGGAGAAAGCCCUGUAAAGACCAAAACUCGGCUCCUUCGUGUUCCUUAGGAGUGGAUUACAAUGAAGCUGCUGCUAGACUAGAAAGCAUUUACAAGCUUAGCCCUCCUGCAACAUCCCUCGAGGAGGAUGUUAUCGAUGCUUCUAAAGGGAAAGUUUCACGGAGGAGGAAGAGGAAAGAGAGUGACGGCGGCGAAGAGAAGAAAGUAGUUGUGAGGAGUAAUGUGAAGAAGGAAAAGAGACUGAAUCUUGAUAAACGGAUCGCGUUGAAGAGAAACAUUCAAGAGAAACCAGUUAUUGUCUCUGCGCAGAAGAAAGUAACAAAGAGGCAGCAAGAGGAGGAGAAGAUCGAGAGGCUCGUGAGAGACUAUUCGGCUUCUAAUGAUGUAGUCAGCUUGGACUGGAAGAAAAUGAAGAUACCUCAUGUUCUUUCUUCCACAGAACAUACUUGGUUGUUUAAGUUGAUGCAACCUAUGAAGGCUCUUCUUGAAGUGAAAGAUGAACUGCAAAAGAGUCUGGGAAGAGAGCCUAGGGAAGCUGAAAUAGCUGGAGAGAUCAAUAUGAGUGUGGCUGAAGUGAAAAUGAAAAUCAAAGUUGGUAAAGCUGCAAGGAACAAACUUAUUAAGCACAAUCUCCGUCUUGUCCUGUUUGUUAUGAACAAAUACUUUCAAGAUUUCACCAACGGACCGAAGUUCCAAGACCUCUGUCAAGCCGGUAUGAGAGGGCUUAUCACAGCUAUUGACCGGUUUGAACCGAAAAGGAAGUUUCGUCUUUCUACUUAUGGUUUGUUUUGGAUUAGACAUGCCAUCAUACGGUCUAUGACAACCUCGAACUUCACUCGUGUCCCAUUUGGACUUGAAUCGGUUAGAGUGGAGAUCUAUAAAGCAAAGAUGGAGCUAUUGUUCGAGCUGGGAAGACUACCUACAGAGGAAGAGGUUGUUGAGAGACUAAAGAUAUCACCUGAGAGAUACCGUGAAGUGUUGAGAGCCGCGAAACCGGUUUACUCGCUGAACACAAAACAUUCGGUUACUCAAGAAGAGUUCAUCAAUGGAAUCACAGAUGUUGAUGGUGUAGGAGCUGAUAACAGGAGACAACCUGCUCUUCUCAGGCUAGCUCUUGACGAUGUGCUGGAUUCAUUGAAGCCUAAAGAGAGUCUUGUUAUCCGACAAAGAUACGGUCUUGAUGGUAAAGGAGACAGGACGCUAGGAGAGAUAGCUGGAAAUCUCAACAUCUCCAGAGAAAUGGUGAGGAAACAUGAAGUCAAGGCCUUGAUGAAGCUCAAGCAUCAAGCUCGUGUUGAUUACCUCCGUCAAUACAUCAUCUGAAACCAAACCGAACUGAACCGGCCCACUCAACCAUUUGAGCGUGUACUUGGUAUGGUUUCCUACUUCAAACCGUCUUAUAACGUUGGUAUAUUUUGUGUAUAUGUUAAUUAGAGUUACUUAUAGCUGCGUAAAUUUGAUCCGUGAAUAGUAAAUGUUGUAUUAUAUCAUUGUCCUAAACAGAUACCAAAAAGUUAUACAUGUAAAGUCUGAGACUUGGUAUACAAUAUUUACAAAACCAAACCGGUAUUAUCUGUUGUUUCCUUUUA